GAGACCUGGAUCAUGGAUUCUCGCCCUCCCGAUGCAUGACAUACUUUCCCACAUGAAAAGGGCAUCUAUUAUGAUGGAUGCGCUAGCCUCUUGAGUAGUUCCGAGUGAUUUCCGUAGAUCUCCGUAGCCAUUUUGGAUCAAGCCGUUCGGAGUCAGCCGUGGUGGGCGCAUGGGAUGACAUUCUUGCCAGGUCGGAGGUGAGGCAGAUUCCAGCGUGAGAUAAAACACAUUCUGUGGCAGUCUGGAUUCUAUGGCUGUAGGCCUAGAUGCAGUUGUCACCAUGUGCGCGGUCGGCGUGACGAUCACAGUGUGUCUGGGAAUGUGGUCUUCCAAGAUGGGCACUGGCUUGGCCAUGACGGUCCCGUUCAGCUGGCACCCCGUGCUGAUGACACUUGGCUACGCGUCCCUCAUGACGCUGGGGCGGUGGGCGUAUUUGGCCGACCCGAGCGAGAAGCUGGGAACUGCGGACCUGCAGGGCCGCCGAAUCGUGCACCGCGCGUGCAUGACCCUGGCCUGCAUGGCAGCGCUCUCGGGUUACGCGGCCAUUUUCUAUGCCCACUGGCCGUCCAGGCAGUACUUCGGCUACGGCUUCGUCAAGGGGCAGUGGAGCGAGUGGCGGCGUGUGGCCCACGUGUACAUCGGCUACACCCUGCUCGUCCUGGUGGCGGCGCAGGCGCACAUGGGCUUCCAGAAGUACAGGACUCUGCAGAAUGGCGGCCCACGGAUCUUCACGUUUCACGGCUACCUCGGCAAAGGCAUCCUCGUCUUGAGCACGGCGGAGAUCCUGCUGGCCACGUGGUUCUGGGCCUGGGGCGCGAGGAUGAAGGCGGCGGUGGCGGUGCUCGCAGUGGCCUGUGGCCUCUUCGGCGCCUGUGCCCCCCGCCCUCUGCCAGAGAAGGCCGCGUCGGACUGGUCGUCCCUGAAGAACGAGACGGAGAUCGCCCCGGCCGUGGUGGGUGGUGCCGUGUGACCGCGUGUGCCGCAAACAUACAAUUGUCAUGUUCUUUUCUUGAGGGCGCACUCGGUUGCGUUCGGUCGGUUUGGUUCGGUCGGGUGUUGUGUUGUUGCUUCCGCCCUUCUAGGCUGC